CUUCUGCGGCUAAAUUCGCCGUUAAAGUGUGGUUCUGCUCUCAUCUCCUGUAGUCAUGUCCCAGCCUUCCGACCCUUUCAUCAAGCAAGAACUAGUCGGACCGACACUGUCUGAGCCACCGUCCGACCCCGUUCUACAACCGUUAGCAGUUGUCAAAGCCCAGCCCGAUCUGCAACAGAUGCCAUCAACCCAACCGCAUCAACUCGAAGAAGAAGAAGAAGAACGAGGGCAACCCCAAUUCUUAAAAUCCAUCGACGAUCUUGCCUCCCUCUCAUCCACAAUCCAUGCUUUCAAAUGCAGAUUCGAUGACUUAACCAAACACUUGGAUUUCAUCAACAAAGCCAUCGACUCCAAAUUCAAUGAACCUCAACAACGAAAAUGCCCACAAAUCGAACCCCAAUACGCCCCCAAACCUACAGGGGCCGAUGGUGAAACGGCGAAAAAGGGAUCCGAAGAGGCUUCUCCUUCGAAAUCCUCGCGUUCCGAAAUUGAAAGCCUAUGCGAGAUGAUGUCCAGUAAAGGACUCCGUAAAUACAUUGCCACCCAUUUAUCAAACCUUCCCAAGCUUCGAGAAGAAGUCCCCGAGGCUCUGAAGCUUGCCCCAGAGCCGGCCAAAUUGGUUUUAGAUUGCAUUGGGAGGUUCUAUCUACAAGGAAUAAGGGCUUAUACCAAGGACUCGCCCAUGAUUCCGGCAAGGGAAGCCUCCGUCUUGGCGCUGGAGUUUUUCCUUUUGAUGAUGGGAGGUUUACACGGUGAAGGUAGGGUUAAGGUUCCGGAAAACCUUAAGGAAGAAGCGGAGAAAUCCGCCAUUGCAUGGCGAAAGAGGUUGAUUAAUGAGGGUGGUUUGGCUAAAGCCAGUGAAGUUGAUGCUAGAGGCUUGUUGCUUUUUGUGGCUUGUUUUGGGAUUCCAAAAGUGUUCAAGAUUGAGGACUUGGGUAAUUUUCUGCGGUUGUGUAAUCUCAGGGCUUGUUCAGAUGCCUUAAAGGCCUCUCCUGUGCUUCCUCAUAAAAUUCCAGAUAUAAUAGAGGCUAUGGCGAAGAAUGGAAUGCAUGUUGAAGCUGUUGAUGUUGCUUCUACCUUUGGGCUUGAGGAUAAAUGCUCCCUUAAGAAAAUUUUGACUUUAUUCUUGCAAGAGUCUGCAAAAGAAUUCAAGAAGGCGAAGCAGGAAGCACAAAAUUCGCCAGUAGCAUUGAAAAUGGCUAAUGAAAAGCACUUGGAUGCUCUCAAAUCUGUCCUCAAAUAUUUGGACGAUUGCAGCAGUGAUGUAGCAAAGUUUCUCGGUUCAUGGAAAAUUGAAGAGAAGAUAAUCAAGAUGGAAGAAGAAAAUUUAGUGCUAAAUAGAAAGAUUGAGGAAAAGAAAAUGAUACCAAAGAGAAAACCGGAUGAAAUGGGGUCGUCAAGUAGGGUUAUGAGUCAAGAAAUCAAACGUUCACGAUUCGCCACCAUAGGGUCACCCUUGCCGAAUUCUUCUCAUGUCAAUGGGUUGCUGAAUGAGCAACGGGCUACUACUCUUGCCAACAGCAUGAGGUCGUAUAAUGGUUUGAUGUCGAACUCGUAUGACGGUGCUAUUUCUGGUCAUCCGGCUGCCUCAUCCGUACCACAUGGAUCGACUGUAGGUUCUUUACCUAGAAAUGGAGUUGCCCAGAUGGUAGGGAUCGGCGGUGUUGGAAGCAGCAGCGUAGGCUCUUAUUCUGGAGCUCGUGGGGGGACUGAAGUCAAUAAGGCUGAGGAAUUAAUCAGGACAUAUGGAGGAUGGAGACAACAGUCAGUCGGGCAUUCGGCAUCCAUGAGGUUUGGUAGUUUAUAUGGGUCAUCGUCAACCAUGGAAGGAUUCGUCGGUUUGCCGGAUGGUAGUGCCAGGACAUCAGCAGAUCUAUAUGGGUUUGCUGAUGGAGUAGGGGAAAACGAGUCUUAUACGACUAGUUCUCACCGGAGUGGCACAUUGCCAACUGGUGCAAAUGUCCGUCAGUCAACCUAUAUGUAUCAGUAAUUAUUAGUACCCAGUCGUGUCUUUCAUUUUACUUGUUAUAGCCAGAAUAUUAAAACACUCUAUCAUCUUCCUUCUGAACCAGGUGGAUAUUUAGUAUGCAAAAGUUAUUGGUGAUUUCAUCUA